AUGUAUAUAGCCCUUACCUCAACUCCACCAGAAAUGAAUGCCAACAGUAUGCCUAAACAAGUUGAGGUGAGGAUGCAUGAGAGUCACCUGGAGCCCAUUGAGGCCAGGCCUCAGUCCAAGUGUGCCCAAAUCUGCUCCAAGAUGUUCAAGAACCUUCUGCUCACGCUCACUGUCCUCGGUGUGAUCUUGGGAGCUGUAUCAGGGAUGUUGCUCCGUGUUGCCUCUCCGAUCCACCCAGAUAUUGUCAUGGUGAUCUCUUUUCCUGGAGAUAUCCUGAUGAGGAUGCUGAAGAUGUUGAUCCUCCCACUCAUCAUCUCCAGUUUAAUCACAGGUCUGGCUGGUUUGGAUGCCAAAUCUAGCGGUCGCUUGGGCACCAGAGCUAUGGUCUACUACAUGAGCACCACUAUUAUUGCUGCUGUUCUGGGAGUCAUCCUAGUGUUACUGAUCCACCCUGGCAACCCCAAACUGAAGGAGAAUCUGGGCGAGGGCGAGGUCAAUGAUGAUGUGUCCAGCUUGGAUGCCUUCUUUGAUUUGAUCCGGAACCUGUUCCCAGAGAAUCUGGUGCAGGCUUGUUUCCAACAGAUCCAGACUGUCACAAAGAAGAUAGAAGUGGCUGUUGAGGAGGAUGUUAAUGCCACCACCUUGGAGGGCCUAGUGGCUAACAUUACCAAGGAGCCUCAGUACAUCGUCAGAAAGUCCCUACAGUUCAAAAGUGGCAUGAAUGUUCUGGGUCUGAUUGGUUUCUUUAUUGCAUUUGGCAUCUGCAUGGGCAAGAUGGGAGAAAAGGCCAGACUCAUGAUUGAAUUCUUCAACAUCCUCAAUGAGAUUGUGAUGAAAAUUGUCAUCUUGAUCAUGUGGUACUCUCCCUUUGGUAUUGCCUGUCUCAUCUGUGGUAAGAUCAUCUCCAUCAAGGACCUGGAGGUGGUGGCCAGGCAGCUGGGCAUGUAUAUGGUCACUGUAAUUAUUGGCCUCAUCAUCCACGGAGCAAUCUUCCUGCCCAGCAUCUACUUUGUUAUCGUCAGGAAAAACCCCUUCACCUUCUUCCUGGGCAUCUUCCAGGCCUGGAUCACUGCCCUGGGGACAGCCUCCAGUGCUGGUACACUGCCUGUCACCUUCCGUUGUCUGGAGGAGAACUUGGGUAUUGACAAAAGAGUCACUCGGUUUGUGCUCCCAGUCGGUGCCACCAUCAACAUGGAUGGAACUGCUCUGUAUGAGGCUGUUGCAGCCAUCUUUAUUGCCCAGAUGAAUGGCAUCCACCUUGACCCUGGUCAGAUUGUCACUGUCAGUCUGACAGCCACCCUGGCCAGUGUUGGAGCAGCCAGUAUUCCCAGUGCUGGCCUGGUGACUAUGCUCUUGAUCCUUACUGCUGUAGGCCUGCCAACCCAAGACAUCAGUCUGCUGGUUGCUGUUGACUGGCUGCUGGAUCGAUUCAGGACUUCAGUGAACGUGGUGGGUGACUCCUAUGGUGCAGGCAUCGUGUACCACAUGUCCAAGGCAGAGCUGGACGAGCUGGAUGCGCACACGGCUAAAUCAGAUGACAUUGAAAUGAUGACGAAGACCCAGUCUUAUUAUGAUGACAUGAAGAACCAUCACGAAAACAAUUCCAACCAGUGCGUCUUAACCGCUACCGCUACCUCUACCUCUACCUCUGCCACAACUGCUACCGUCACUGCUAACAAUUCUGUUGUAGUAGAUGAAUGCAAGGUAACCUCAGCUACUAACGGCUCUGCUGCGGAGUGCACGCUUGUUGAGGAGGAACCAUGGAAACAUGAAUAA